GGCCUGGCGGGGGCGUGGCCAGCCCUGGGGCCCCAUUGGCUGCGCGGAGGCACCCGCUGAAUAAAGCCCGGAUGGGCAGCCCCUGGGACAGUUCAGAAGACAGUCCACCUGUCCACCUAACCCCCAUCUGUCCAUGGGCCAUCUGCCCAGUCUAUCCAUCUGGACCAUCUCCAGUCAUCCCUCCUUGGCUUACUCGCUCUACCCAGCGCCCCGCUCCAUCGCUUUGCCAGCAAUGACGUCCACAGAGCCCCUGCACGUGCAGACCCCGGUCCGGGACAGCCCGUCCCUUUCGAAAGUGGCCGGCACCAGGGUCUACCUCAAGAUGGACAGCGCCCAGCCGUCCGGCUCCUUCAAGAUCCGGGGCAUCGGGCACCUCUGCAGGACGUGGGCUGAGCGAGGCUGUAAACAUUUCAUCUGCUGCUCGGCAGGCAACGCAGGCAUGGCAGCUGCCUACGCCGCCAGGAAGCUGGGCGUUCCCGCCACCAUCAUUGUGCCCAGCACCACCCCUGCCGUCACCAUCGAGCGGCUCAAGAAUGAGGGUGCCAUGGUCAAGGUGGCGGGUGAGAUGCUGGACGACACCUUCGAGCUGGCCAAGGCCCUGGCGAGGAACAACCCCAGCUGGGUCUACAUCUCUCCCUUCGACGACCCCCUCAUCUGGGAAGGCCACCGUUCCAUCGUGAGAGAGCUGAAGGAGACCCUGAGCACAAAACCGGGGGCCAUCGCGCUGUCGGUGGGCGGCGGGGGCCUGCUGUGCGGAGUGGUCCAGGGGCUGCAGGAGGUGGGCUGGGGGGAUGUGCCCGUCAUCGCCAUGGAGACCCUCGGAGCCCACAGCUUCCACGCCGCCACCACUGCCGGCAAGCUCGUCUCCCUGCCCCAGAUUACCAGUGUCGCCAAGGCCCUGGGUGUGAAGACUGUGGCGGCUGAGGCCCUGAAGCUGUUUCGGGAACACCCCGUUUUCUCUGAAGUUGUCUCGGACCAGGAGGCAGUGGCCGCCGUGGAGAAGUUCCUGGGUUCACAGGGGAAGGUGGGCGGCUGGAGGCCGUCAGCCCGGCAGACUACCACACUCUCAAUGAACUCACAGCCCCCCCGGGAAAACGCAGCCCGGCUAUUAACGCCCCUUCUUACUGAAGGUAAACUGAGGCCUGGAGACGCUUGCCAAAGGGCACAGCUGGCAAGGGGACAGGCCAGGAUUUGAUCCCCAAACUUGCAACUCUUAAACCAGCGCUCGUUCCCCUAUGGCAGGAUGUGAGUGUGCUUCUGCCUUUUUUCCACAAAACUAGAAAACAGCUCAAAGACGGCAGUAGUCAUAAAUGUGACGUUUAAGAGAGGACUCCGCAAAGCGAGUCCCUCACUGGCAACGCCCAGGUAGAGACGGCGUCCUCCACUCCCUCCACUCCGUUCCCUCCUCGUUCCUCCGCCAGUGGCUCUUAGCAUCAACAGCGCCAGGACUCAGGCGAGCGGCCUCAAAGCCCCGGAGGGCAGCUUCCUCUCUCUCUGGGCCGGCACUCAGGGAGUCUGCAGACUCAGAGAGGAAGCACGGCAUCUUCAUUUUCCUAACGACAAACUGAAAUUCAGCAUCUCCUUCCACUGCUAACAGGUGACACAGCACAGUGGUAUCGGUGGUACCCGAGACUGCCACCAACAGAAACCACAGAUGUUUUCCCACCAUGUGACAGGGUUGCACGAAUCUCAAAAUAUCACUUAUGCUCCUCGUUACUUCUGAAUUAUGGCAGGUGGCACACCCACUACCAAAUCUUAUUUAACGUGCUAAUAAAGCACGACGUAUAUUAUAUUUAAAGUUUACCUAUAUAAUAUUUCGAUAAGCGCAUUUCAGUAUAAUUGGUUUCCUUUAUGAGCCCAUAUAUUUUGGUUUAUGCAUCUGCAAACAUUAUUCUGGGAAGGGCUCCACAGCUCCCCAGACUGCCAAAGGGGUCGUGGCACAAAGACAGUUAAGGACGUGGAUGGAAGGAAAAUUUCCUGCCCUGUCACUUUCCAGGCACCUGUAUUAAAGCCAUCUCAAUUGUCCCUGCCCGGCUUCACUCUCCCGACCCCAGGCUGCAGCAAGGGGUCCCCCACCCACGGCCUGGCCCUCUCAGGCUUCUUUCCACAUGGGGGGGGCACUAAAUCCCACACUGCUCUCAAAAACCAACGGAAAAGGAGUGCCCCCACCGGCCCCGGGGAUGGGCGGCCCCCGCGUCCGGGCCUUUGGUGAAGCCAGGGCUCGGCUCCUCUGCAGCGUUGCCCCAGCGACCGCGGGGCCCGCCGCCUCGGCCCGGGCGCCAGGAACAGACUUCUAAACGGGUCUGGACCCCAGCCAGGAGAGCCGAUCAAAACAACGCAUUGUGAACAACCUUUAU